AUGCUGGACGAGUUGGUUUCUCGUCUCAAUACACAUUAUGCAGAGUUUAUACGAUCUCCUGAUGGUCAGAAUUUCCACGGUGCAGUUUGUUUGAUGGCUGAUAGUGUGGGUGCCAUUCUCACACACGAUGUCCUCAAUAUUGUUGCUCGUCAAACCGACGGACUACUGGUGGAUAACAAUGCGGACGGAGUUAGCCUCAUGGAUGCCGGUGCUCGACGUUGGCGUCAACCGGUCACAGUCGGUGUCUUGCGAGAAAUGGAUCAAUUUAGUCAAGAAACCACAUCUACGGUUAGUUGA